CGGGCGGCGCGGAGGGCGGACGCGGGAGCCCUCGGACUCUUCGUCCUCCAUCCUCCUCCUUCUCCUCAGCGACCUCUUCCUCGUCGUCCUUCUCCUCCUCCUCCUCCUCAGCGGCCUCCUCCUCCUCAUCCUCGUCGUCCUCGUCUUCCCCAGCGCGGGCCCAGGUUGCUUUCCCGUUGAAUCCUUGAUCUAGUUCCCCAGCCUCUAGACGCUGGGCUCCAUGAUCUGACUCCAGGGAAGUGGGAAUUCUGCAAUGAAGAUGGAGGAGGCGGUUGGAAAAGUCGAAGAGCUCAUCGAGCCCGAAGGCCGGCCGAAACCGUCGGGAAAACAGGAGGCGGCUCAGGCCGAAGACGGACCUAUAGAACUGGAAAGCCCCGCUCCGAAAGACGGAGUGGCCAUCGUAGCAGAUUCCACGGUCCUCUCUUCAAUGCCUUGCUUGCUGAUGGAACUGAGGCGGGACUCCUCCGAGUCUCAGCUGGCAUCCACCGAGAGCGACAAGCCCGUGGCCAGCCGGGUGUACGAGAGCGACUCUUCGAAUCACUGCAUGCUCUCCCCCUCCUCCAGCGGGCACCUGGCCGACUCCGACACGCUGUCCUCCGCCGAGGAGAACGAGCCGGGCCAGGCGGAGGCCGCCGUCGAGGGCGACCCUUCCGGCGGGACCGGCUCGGCGGUGGGGCGCAAGGCCAGACGGUCCCGGUCCGAGAGCGAGACGUCCACCAUGGCCGCCAAGAAAAACCGGCAGUCGAGCGAGAAGCAGAACGGCCGAGUCGCCAAGGUUAAAGGCCACCGGAGCCAAAAGCACAAAGAGAGGAUCCGGCUCCUGAGGCAGAAGCGGGAGGCGGCGGCCCGGAAGAAGUACAACCUGCUGCAGGACAGCAGUACCAGCGACAGCGACCUGACCUGCGACUCCAGCACGAGCUCGUCCGACGACGACGAAGAGGUCUCGGGGAGCAGCAAGACAAUCACUGCGGAGAUACCAGAUGGACCUCCAGUUGUAGCUCAUUAUGAUAUAUCAGACACCAACUCUGACCCAGAAGUGGUAAAUGUGGACAAUUUAUUGGCGGCUGCAGUAGUUCAAGAGCACAGUAAUUCUGUAGGAAGCCAGGACACAGGAGCUACCUGGAGGACCAGCGGGCUUCUAGAGGAACUGAAUGCUGAGGCAGGUCAUUUGGAUCCUGGGUACCUAGGAAGUGACAAAACCACCUCUGGCAACGCACAGCUCAACGAAGAGAUCAACAUUGCCUCUUCAGAUAGUGAAGUGGAGAUCAUUGGAGUUCAGGAACACGCAAGAUGUGUACAUCCCAGAGGAGGGGUGAUUCAGAGUGUGUCAUCAUGGAAGCACGGCUCAGGCUCGCAGUACAUUAGCACCCGACAAACGCAAUCGUGGACAGCUGUGACACCCCAGCAGAAUUGGUCUUCACCUCCGGAAGUAGUCGAUCUCACCUUGGAUGAGGAUACCAGACGCAAAUACCUACUGUAAUACAACGUCACUGUUUCUUCAGCCCUUCUUCCCCCCACUGCUUUCCCCCUCGCCCUGCUCCCUGGCCCUUCUUCCUCUUCCUCCUCCUUCCUUUGUGGCACAAAAGUUCGUCGUCAUAGCUCAGCUUCAGAAGCCCCUUUCUUGGCAUUUGUGGAAUUGAAAUUUGUGGAGAAUUGCCCUUUUCAGAAGUAGAGAUUUUAUUUUUAAAGUCACUUAGAAAAUGACUUGGUUUCCCCCAAAUUAGGACCCUUUUUCUCUCUUCCUCACUAGGAAGGUGAGAGAUAAUGGUGGAUUUUAAUAAAAACAACCACAGAGCCAUAUUGUGGUUGUUAAUCUGAGGAAAUAAUGUACAGACCCACCCCUGGUGGAACAAUACCACUUUAAUUGCCAGCGAAUUUGUAUUUUGGCUUUGGAGGUGGAUAUUUUUCUGUAUGAAUGGCAGCAGUAAUGUUCUCAGUGUGAAUUCCCCCUUUUCCUUCCCCACCUACCCCAGAGCGUUCGCAUUUGCACACAUACCGGGUUGGAUUAUGUUACCAGCACUCAUUUGGUAAGGCAACAUGUGCACUUAAAUGCACUUAACAGUUUUUCCUUUCAAGCAGAAAACAUUCGUCUUUGUUUUCUCUUCCCGAUCAAGUCUUCUGCCUCCUUUAGCAACUACUGUUUGGGCUGGCGAUUUGCCACAGCAUGAAUUAAUGACAUGGUUCUAAUGCUUGUGAUAGCAAAUGCUUAUAUCCAUGGUAUUAUUAUGGCUUCCAUUCCAGUCCACUACUUUAACUCAUGACUUUCUGAAAAACGUUGUUCUUGGGACAGGGACUUUUUGUAACAAGCCUCUACCCUAAGGUGACACUUUCUAGGCGGUCCGAGGGCUCUGAGACAUUGAUUCCAUGUUAAUUGUGUGUGAGUGGGUGUGGGUGUGUUUGCGUGCCCGCACGUGUCUUCAAAUAACUGGAAAAUUAACCGAUCUAGAAAUUGGCAGCUCUGUCAGUAAGUACAUAUAAACAACCUGACAGAGGGAAACGUUAGGGAUUUAGUGUUAAAGCUGAAAUCUGUUUAAGCUCCUAAAUGCCCUCUACAGAGGGGAGACUCUUAAAGUACUCAGCCAUCAAGCCCUAAGGUCACAAAAGUAGUUAUGACAUCAAUUCCAGUACAUUCGUCGCCUCCGUCUUUAGGAAAUAAAACACCUUCAAAAGCAUACCGUAAGAAGUAAAAUACCAAUAAUAUCGAGGGGUUUUUUUGCAUUAUUUAAUCUAGGGCGGAGAUGAUCAAAAUGGCCCAUUUGAGGAAUUCAGGGUAACCGACCUCUAGAUUGUAGUUGCGCAUAGAAGGGACUCUCUUGGUUGCUUAUUGGUCUUGCCAAGAUUAAACAUGUGCAGCUGAACAGUGUCAUCUCUGAGCCUUGGGAUGCAAAGACAGCUGAAGUGCUUUUCAGUUGUGAUGUUAGUCUGACACACUCUGGAAGGGGGGAAAAAAAGGGAGUCUAAAAUAUCCCCCUUUAUCGUACGGUCCUCUGAUCACUGCCUGCCCUGUCCCCGGAGGACUCAGCUGAUUUGUUGGUCAGAGGUUUUCAUGGGCUGGCAUUCUAGAGCCUGACCUGGCUCCUGAGGCUCAAAGAUUUUAUUCUGUUGAGGAAGGGCUAGGUAGAGGAGAAAUAGGGGAUGGGAGAACAGGAUUAGAGAAGAGAGUCGAGUCGAGCAAUGCCAAGUCUGGCCUGAAUAAUGACUUUUUGAUCCCUGGCCUAAACCACCAGGCCCGUCCAGACCCUUACUCUGUGCUGCCACCUGCAAAACCCGUUCACGCCAGUAGCUCUUAGGGGCCUGCCACUGAGAUCAGCUCCACUGAUACGCUGCCCCGUCCUUGCCACGAAUACAUAUACCUCCCUCUCUCCCUCUCUUUGAGGCAACAGGCAACCCACUUGGGCUGCUGCUUCAAAGAAGGGAUCAUCUGCAAGCACUGUAUUGAAUCAGGGUUCCAGUUGAAGCUGCACUUAGGAACCCUACUGAAGGUGUAACUCCUCUAGCCCCUCAGGUCCUGUCUCGAGACUGCAGAUUCUGCCCUGGGAGGGCAACAUGGUUUGACUGUCCCGAUACUCAACCGCCCCUCUUCUGCAGGCGGCCUUACUCUUGCCAAGGUGCACUGGAGUGGAAAGCCAGGUUCAAAAUUAAACGUUUGGGGGGAAAAAUAAUUCAAUCAUUACCCACGGUGUCUUGCCAAUUCGUAUUUUCUCAUAGAUUCCAUCCAGAUGGGGAUAUGUCACCUUCUAAGGCCGCACCUCUUGUUGUUGUUUUUUUAAGCUUUUUCAUUUCUAAAGGUGUCACCUGCUUUGCCAUGACAAUAGAUCUGGCCUUUCACCUCAGACGUUUGUGGCAACAUGUUGUCGUAAGAGGCAUUUUAAAACGGCAGAACCAGAAUCAGCUACAUGAUCCCAUCUGCUUCCUUUUACAGAGCCUUUUGGGCUUCCUCCAGUCCUCACCUACUACAGAAAAUCCCUAAAUUUGAUCAGUUAACUUUGUUGAGUCAUAUUCUUUGCUGUAUUUUACCGUUCACGGGACGGAGAUUUGCUUCCUUUUCACGUCUACUCUCGGGUUCAGCCGUGGAAAUGGAAAGUCCCAUUUUAAAAUCGUGGGCUGGGUCAGCACAACCAAAAGGGCAAGUUAUUCAGUCUGAAUCUGUCAGUCCCAACUGUUCUUGUCCACUCAAGGUGUUGGGUUUCGUUUUUCGUUUCCUUGUUUCCCAGUGAAUAGCCUGUUAACAGAAGUGAUUGUUUUCCUCUCGGGAUAAAUACCAAGCAAGCGGAACACACCGAGGUUGCUUAUCAUCCAGGAAUUCUCACAGCUGCAUCCACCACAGUUGCCACUGCAAGUUCAAGAGCCCAUCAUCCCCGCAGGGUAUUUCGGAUAGCGACAUACUCUUGUGGGCUUUUUGUGCUCACUUGUGUGGUGGCGGAUGACCCCUGGUGCCCCGGCUCCAGUGCAUCCCACAGGGGUUGUGGUGGACACAGCUGCGUGAUUUUUUGUAAGACUGGCAAGCCUGAAACAUGCCUUCUAGAGGACCUUUCUGGAGCACCAGUUGGCAGAGUAGAGAUGGGCCAUCCCCUGGUAAUUUGGCUUAAACAUUCGCUCCACGGCCUCGUGUUUGAAAGCACAGAAUAUCAAUAGGGGGAAAAGUUGCAGCACCUAAAAGUACGCCCCUGUUCAAUGGUAAUAGCAGGCUGGGGAAUGGUUCCUGUUUGGCAAGGAAAACAAAUUGAAAUCGGGAAACCGCCAGCUCUGUUAUUUUGUGAUCCUGGCCGGCGAGAGGUAUUUGCUGCUUUUUGGGAGUUGGCGUGUUUCUGGUUUGGAGUUGGGAGGUCUGUAAUGAAUGGAAUCCAUAGUCACCUAAUUGGAACAUCCCACAGCCGUGAAAAUAAGUCAUUUGCUAAUUUUACAACUUGAGCAUCAUCCUUGCCAGAUGAGCUUUGUAGAGAAACUCAGAGCGAUUAGUUAGUUGCUUGCUUUUUACUGUUUCACCUCUAAAGACCAGUUUUUAUGAAACCUGAGACAAUUCAGCCUUCCCUGUAGAAACAGAAGACCCUCCCUCCACAGUCUUCAUUUUUUCAGUCUGUAUAUGAUGUGACUUCCAUGUAUAUAUAAAAAUGACUGCACCCUAACCAGACUUCCUCAGAUUGUGCACUGUUUUUGUUUAAAAUAAUUGCAUAUUUUAGUAUGAUGCUGUUGGUUUUCCCCCCAUUUUAUUUAAAACACUACAUAUUUCUUAUAUUCUUAACAAAUUUUAAAAAAAGGUAGUGAUCUUUAAAAAAAACCACAAUCACUGGAUAGUUAGGAAAUGUGUUUUUGUUUUUGUUUUUUAAGGAGAGCAAAGAGAGAGGGAGACCUUAAAUCCUUUCUGCUUCUCUCACCAAGAAAGUGAAAUGCUAGCUAGCCAUUGUGUGGCUAGGGCCUAAUGCACUUGACGGUUUAAACAGAUCUGCUGUUGCUGGAGUUUGAACUUGGAACUUGAUGCAGUGAGGACAAAUCAUUGCUUAUAAUUCCUGUUUAAAAUGUGCAACUCUAGUUUUUAAAAAAAAUUGGUUCUUCUUGAUAUUCAUUAUUUAGUUCUUGUUUCCAUCUAGUAUUUAAUGGUCUUUGGAGAAAAAAUAAUAAAACAGAGUGUUAUAUAUAUAUUUUUUGGUGCAAGACAAGACCUUCUGUUUUUUGAAACAAGUCUGUAGCAUAAAGGUUAAACUAUUUUACGACAAAAUAAAAUAGAGUGUAUUUAAACAA